AUGAGUUGGGAAGGUUUCAAAAAGGCUAUUAACAGAGCUGGUCAUAGUGUGAUAAUUAAGAACGUCGACAAGACCAUUGAUAAAGAGUAUGAUAUGGAAGAACGUCGUUAUAAAGUUCUUCAAAGGGCGGGUGAGGCAUUACAAAAAGAAGCCAAGGGCUUUUUGGACUCAUUGAGAGCUGUGACAGCAUCACAAACCACCAUCGCUGAAGUCAUUUCUAAUUUGUAUGAUGAUUCGAAGUAUGUUGCCGGUGGUGGCUACAACGUUGGUAAUUAUUAUCUACAAUGUGUUCAAGAUUUUGAUAGUGAAACUGUUAAACAAUUGGACGGACCCCUAAGAGAAACCGUGCUGGAUCCGAUUACAAAGUUCUCGACAUAUUUUAAAGAGAUCGAGGAGGCAAUAAAGAAAAGAGAUCAUAAGAAACAAGAUUUCGAUGCUGCAAAGGCAAAAGUUCGUAGAUUGGUGGACAAACCAGCUAAGGAUGCUUCUAAAUUACCAAGGGCUGAAAAAGAGUUGAGUCUUGCCAAAGAUAUAUUCGAGAAUCUCAACAACCAAUUGAAAACUGAAUUGCCCCAAUUAGUUUCAUUGAGAGUACCUUUUUUCGACCCAAGUUUUGAAGCACUAAUCAAGAUUCAACUGAGAUUUUGUACUGAUGGUUAUACCCGUUUAGCGCAAAUUCAGCAGUAUUUAGACCAACAGUCAAGAGACGAUUAUGCUAAUGGGUUAUUAGAUACUAAAAUAGAAGAACUACUAGGACAAAUGACGAGUCUAGAUAUCUGUGCCCUGGGGAUAAAAUAA